AUGGCAAGUAAUCCAUUACCAACAUUUUUAGGUAAACAUGAUAAAAGCAUAUCUGAUUUUCUUGCACAUUUAAGAGCAGAAUUAGAAGGUCGAAAUAUUAAUGUUGCAGAUAGAGCAGGUGGCUCUCUAGCAGAAAGAGUUAUCACAAAGAGUUUACUGUAUAGUUGUAUGAGAGAAAAGGCAUUAGAGUGGUAUGAUGAAAAUAUUACUACUAAGCAAAACUUUGAGUUACAUAAUUUGCUAGAUAAUACAGGGCAAGCUAAUAUACAAGCAGUUGCUACACAUACUGGAGCACAAUUAGGCAAUCAAGCUCUUCAUGAAGCAAACACUGAAGAUAUAGGUGAGGAUAUAACUUUUAAUGAAUUAUCUAAAAAACUUGCAAAAAUUGAGUUAAUUCGGAUGGUAAGAGUGAAAAGAAAUAAAGGUGGAUCACAUAUUUAUGAAACAGAGCAGGCUAUAUCACAACCUCACUAUUCAUCUAUUGCUUCUGCUAUUUCAGAUGCUAUACCACAACAACCAGUGGCUGAAAUGCAAAAAAUAAUUCAGAAUGUAUUAGCAAAACAGCAGGCUGAAUCUGAUACCAAGUUUGAAAAAUUAAAAGCUAAAUUCGAAACAAAAAUGACUCAACAAUCUAAAAAAUCUUACCCUCCAGUUCUACUCAAAGAUUAUGAACAAAUGCAUAAUUUCUAUGAAGCCCAAUACACACCUCCCGAUUCAGAAGAUAAUGAUAAAGAUAAUGAAGGAAGCAAGUUUGGUGCUGUUAAUAAUGCAACUAUCAAAGCAUUUGAGUGGAAAAAUAACAAACAAUCCAAUUUUGCUAUAAAAAGUAACAAUUCUAAACAUAUUACUAAAUCAUUAGGAUGGAUUACAGAUGUUCUAGUCUCUAUAAAGGAUAAGGCAAAAAAAACAGUUACAGUUUCAGAAAAUUUUGCACAUAUUGAUAAUGGUGAACCAGAACCAAUGCUAUGUAUAGAUAUAACAUGGAUUUGA